AUGUCAUCUAAUGACGGUAAUUCACAACAUAAAGAGAGUUUAAUGCAUGAAAUCAACGCAUUGUUUGCUCCACCAACAAGUGAAUCAUACGGUAAAAAAGGUUCACUUCGUAUUCCAUCGUUUCGUCGAGCACGUAAAAGUAACGAAUCACACUCUAACAAUACGGAGACAAUCAGUUCAAAUUUAGAUCAUUAUCAGAUGCCUAUUGGUGUUAGUGGUGCCGGUGGUGGUGUUGGUGGUAGUGGUGGUAGUAAUAAUGGUCCAUCAACUAAGAGUGAUCCAUUUUGGAGGAAACCUCGAGCUAAUUGCCAUGAAUAUUGUGAUAGUUGUGGUUGUAUUGAAGGCGAACGACUUGUCUGUGAUCUAUGUCCAGCUAGUUUUCAUUUAGAAUGCCUUGAUCCUCCACUAGAUCCUGAUGAAGCACCUGUUGGUGUCUGGUUCUGUCAUCGGUGUUCAAUGCUAUUAAAGGAUGAAGAUGAUAAGACAUCAACAUCAAGUAGUCAAACUACUAUUAUUACAGAGACAGGAUCUUCACGUUGUGGUAAAAGUGGAGAAAAACGACGACAACAACAUUAUCCAACAUCAUCAUCAUCAUCAUCAUCAUCAUCGUCAUCAUCAUCAUCAUCAUCAUCAACAACAACAACAACAACAGGUGUAAUCAUCACAAUGGUGACAACAAACACUGUACAAUUGACUUCAACAGUUACCUCUUCUAUAAAUACUAAUACUAAUCAUAUACAAAGUUCAUUACAACAUUUUAUACAAUCACAACCAACGCCAAUAACACCAAUAACAACAACAACAAAUAAACGUCAUUAUGCAUUUCGUUCAACAAUAAAUGAAUCAAAUCAUUUAUAUAAUUGUCGUUCUAGUCGAUCAAUCCCUUGGGGUGAUUCUGCAUAUGUAGCUGAUAUUGAAGACUCUGAAUUACAAUCAUUAUGGGAAAUGAUUGAAUAUGCUCAGUAUCAAAAUCCUAAAGAAUUUGAAUUAUCAAAAGAUUUAAUGCCUAGUAUCAAACUUCCUGGUUCAUAUAAAACGUUAACAGAGCGUAAGAAUAAAAAUAUCAUUGAAUUAGAAAAUGGUAUUAUUCCACAACCUGUAAGACGUUGUUAUGUAUGUAUACGAACAUGUUUCUAUGCUCCUCUGUUACCAUGUGAUUAUUGUUCUGCUUGUUAUCAUUUAGAGUGUUUAAAUCCACCAUUAUCUUAUUAUCCAUCACGUUAUGAUAGAUGGAUGUGUCCUAAUCAUACAGAGCAUACAACUGAACGUUAUAUUAUACAAUCAAUUCGUUUAACUGAACGAAUGAGAAUAUGGAAUAUGUUAUCUAAGAAAACGGAAUUAUCAUCAAUCUAUAAUAAUGAUAAUGAUAAAUUGAUUGAAUCAUCUGAGAAGCUCAUUGAGAUACUUGAACAUCAUACUCCACCAUAUGAAUUAACUUAUACACCAGAUGAAGAAAGUAUUAUCCUAUCUGAUUUAAUGCGUACUAUUCAAAGGAAUAGUAAUGAAUUGGAGCAAUAUUAUCUAUGUCAACAGAGUAAAACUGUUGUAUCAAGUAUUUUAGACUCUAUUCUAUAUACUUCGGAUAGAUGUAGUCGUAAAGUUUAUAAUCCACGUGAUUUAUGGCGAUUAAAUAGACAAUUAACAGCGAAACGAAGAAAUAAUCAAAGUUAUAAUAAACAAUUAAGAAUUGUGGUACCGAAAGCAGUCAAAUGUUUAUAUAAUAACCCUGUAAAGAGAAUUCCUCGAGUUAAUGAAGCGAUGAGAACGACGACGUCGACGACAAUUUCUAUGGCGGAUGUCUCAAAUGCAGAUGAGAAAAACAUAUUCAUUCGUGGUCUCCUACAAUUUUAUCUACAAAAUACUUUGGAUGAACGAUCAUCUGAAGGGAAUUCACCGCCAUCAAUUGAAAAAAUAACUACCGAUACCACAACAUCAGAGUUAUUACCAUUAUCACCACCAUCACUACUACAAGAAACAUCCAGUAGUAAUCCAAUUCAAUCGUUAAAUAUUUCUCAAUCGAUAAAUGAUUCUACUGAAAUGGAGAUAACCUAUUUACCGACAUCAUCAUCAUCAUCCUUGUCAUUACCAUUACAAUCAACAACAACAGUAUUAUGUAAUAAUGAAGAGAAAUUGAGAGAUAAUAACGUGAAAGAAGAAAAUGUUGAACAUUCACAUUAUCCUCUACACUUGUGUACAAGUGUGGAUACACAGAGACAAGAAAUAGUAGACGAUACCGAUAUAGAUAUACUCCCAUCAAAAUUAGCCUGUUUAGAUCCACAACUAAUCUAUACACUAGCAGCUCAACGAAUUCGUCAUCUUUUUGGUAUUAAUUACAAUGUAAAAGAUGAAUUGAAUAUACUACUGAAUAAUUCGGCUUUUAUCAAUUCAGUAUUAUUAAAAAAUAAAGACAAAUGGUGUAUUUCUGACAAUGUGAAGAAAGAUAUCUCUAAGAAUUCUCAUAUUCUAGAGAGUUGUAUACGUGCAAGAGCUGUACUAUCACCAUGUGAUAACACCAAUGGUAGUGAAACACGUAUGCUCUACAGACAAUUAACUAUUGGUUCAUCACCAAAUUGUCAUCUAUGUUUAACCAAUUAUCAUUUAUCAUCUUCAACAUUAAUCAAUACUGAAUGUUGUUUCAUUUCAUCACAUCAUGCUACAAUCUUUUAUGAUGAUUGGACACAACAUUAUGAAUUAAUCAAUUAUAGUGAAUAUGGUACACGUGUAGAUGGUAUUGUCUAUGGGAAUGAUAUUGAAAGUAAAUCGAUUUAUAUAUCAAAGUCAUCAGAUCUUGUACAUCGUGUACGUAACCUUAUAAAUAGUGUCCCUGAGGAAAUAUCCCCAAGUGAAAAACCUACCAUCUCAGGACUUCGUACUUCACCACCGAAACGUGUAAUGAAAAUGUUGAGUAGACGACAUGAAGAGCUAUACCAUAUGACAUCAUUAUGUGAUUGUACAAGUUUAUAUUUUAAUAGGGAUGAUCAUGAAGAACUUCAUCAGACGUCGUUACCAUUGGAAAAGAUUAACAUGAUAGACGAUAAUCCUAUGUGGAAAAUAACUCAGCAUAAUAGUAAUAAUAAUAAUAAAGUGGAUAGAAGAGAAAUACUAUCCGGUUGGGAAGGUUCAGCUAUUCUACGACAUGGAUCAAUAAUUCAAGUUGGUUGUUAUAAAUUUGUAUUUGGAAUAAUUAAUUAUUCAUUACCACCACCGUCAUCAUCAUCAUCAUCAUCAUGUAUAUUAUCAUCAAAUAAUACUUUAACAAUAUAA